UUGUUUAUUAGCCCGUCAGAUUUCCUACGCACACGUGAUAUUAAUUCACACACGAAAGCGAUCCGCUGACCCGAAAAUGCCGGUCGCGAUCCGAGCCCGACCCGCCCAUCACCACCACCGCUAAAGAUAUGCAACCAACGAUUGGCCCAUGACGCACGCUCCCCCAUGGCCACGCUAUCAUCCUCCGCCAUAACCGCCGCCGCGACCGCCGCCGCCGUUCCUCCUCCUCCUCCGGCUACCGUGGCCUUCACGACGCCGCAGAACUACGCGCCGCGGCUCUCCCGCCUCCUCGCCCUCAAGGGCCACGCCCCGCUCUGGUGUCCCACCCUCUCCGUGGGCCCGACCCCGCACACCGUCUCCUCCCUCCGUUCCCACCUCCGGCCGCCGGCGCUCGAGCCAUUCUCCGCCGUCGCCUUCACCUCCCGCGCUGGCAUCGCCGCCUUCUCCGCCGCCCUCGCCGGCCUCCCGGCCCCGCUCCUGGGCCCCGACGGCGGCGCCUUCGUCGUGGCGGCUCUCGGCAGGGACUCCGAGCUCCUGGACGCCGACCUCCUGUCCAGGAUCUGCGCCGACCCGCGGCGGAUCGAGACCCUCGUCCCCCAGGUCGCGAGCCCCCGGGGGCUGGCGGACUCGCUCGGGCGAGGCGACGGAAGGAGGAUCCUCUGCCCGGUCCCCCUGGUCGUCGGGAUCGAGGAGCCGCCGGUGGUGCCGGAGUUCAUCGGCGACCUGGAGGCGAACGGCUGGGCGGCGGUCAGGGUCGCGGCGUACGAGACGCGGUGGCUGGGGGAGGAUUGCGCGGGGGCGAUCGUGAGGAGAGGAGGGGACGGGGGGGAGGGGUUGGAUGCGAUCGUCUUCACCAGCAGCGGCGAAGUGGAGGGCCUGCUAAGGAGCCUGAGGGAGGGUUUCGGGUGGGAGUGGGAGGACGUGAGGAGGAGGUGGCCGGAGCUGGUGGUGGCGGCGCACGGGCCGGUGACGGCGGCGGGGGCGGAGAGGCUGGGGGUCGGGGUCGACGUGGUGGGCCACAAGUUCGAGAGCUUCGGGGGCGUCGUGGAGGCGCUUAGCCUGAAACUUCCGAGCGCAAGAACAACCUUGAAUUGAGCUGAGCAAACGUUGUAAUUUUGUAUGGACUCAAAUCUGGCCCAAGAAAUCAUGAACAUAUCGAGCAAAAUCAUUCCUUUUUCUCUCUCUUGUUUUCCUUCUUCUCAUACGAUGAAAUGGCCAGAGAGAAAAGGGAAGUGCAGUGGAGUGAUGAUAAAUCAGACAAGAAACUGCAGCAUGAUGAUGAACACCUGAGUCCAUAUUCAACCUACAUAAGGGCCCGAAACAGGAAAAAAGAAGAGCGUUUCUCAUUCUGUGUUUUGCAAAUUGAAUCAUGUCCUUGCCCUCCAGGUCAAGCAUUUCCAGAAAAAGUGUUGCUUUUGAUUUCCCAUCAUCCUCAAAGAUGGGAACUUUGGUGGAAACAGCACGAUCCCGGUUUUAUUUACUGGUCUCUGUUAAGUUGCUCAUGCAUAUCUUCUUCUUACUGAUAUGAUCAACUCUUUCCACACCUUUCAGCUCUUAGACUCCUCUGCUCGGUUACACAGAUUAGUUUGGGUUUCAUGUCAUCAGUUUGCGAGAAACACCAAAUUUGGUAGAUAUUUCAUUUGCUUAAUGCAGGGGAGGGGAAGAAGUAUGACACUCAGUACUAUUCUCUAGGAAUACACAAGACUAUAGUUUGGGGGCUUUUAGAACAGCAAGCACUUUCAUGCUGAAAAUUAAGAAGCAAUCAGGCGUCACUUUCUUGGUGGCUUCAACACUGACAGGAGCUUCAGUGCAUCGCUGAUGGAUGGUCGGUCAGAUGCCCUGUUUUGUAUGCAGAGCAUGGCGACUUCAAGCACUGAUUUUAUCUCCUCUUGCAAUGAGCGAUCGGUACCGACCUCAUUCUCUAUGAGGAUUUCCCUCACAAGAACAUCCCUCGGCUUGCUCCGUAUGCUUCCCACCGCAUUUGCCGACCUUCCGUUCGUCAAAAUUUCUAGAAUGAUCUCCCCAAAGUUGUAAACAUCCAUUUGGAGCUGCUCCCGUAUGGCAUUGUUAUCUGUUGUCAAACGAGGACAGAGAAAAGAAUCAAUUUGAUGCAGGGUUGAGACAAUGAUAGGAAAAUGAUUUAAGAGAAUUCUGCAGAUGGGAUCCACCCACUGCUAGUUUGAUUCAGCUGUACAUUAUGUAUCUGAUUGUGCACUGAUUAAUAUUCCAUGUCUGAUCACAAAAGAAUUGUUACUCUAGAGAUGAACUAAAAGCUUUUUGCUUCGACAACUCAUCAUAUGAUGCACCCAUCUGUACAGAAACUUAGGUCCUUGGGGCAUAAUGACAUUCUCUAAGAUAUGGUCAA